AUGCACAAUUUGCUCUUCGAAGAGGUAAUCUACACAGUUAAAAGCAACUCAAUUAUACUUUUCUUUCUGAUUGCUUACCUCUACAUAUGUCAAAUGCAAUUUCUUUCUGAUUACUUUUCUUUUGGAUGGAAUGAAAAAAGAUGCACAAUUUGGUAUAUAAAGCCACUUGCAGCUGAAUUAGAGACGGAAUUUGAAUUUGAGAACAUGAUAAUAGGACAGGCUAUACCCUCCAGUUUUAUCCCUCACAUUGAGAAAUGUUUCAUGGAAGCUGCCAAUUCAUGGUGCUUCUCAUGCUAUGGUUAUGACAUAGCAAAGUUCAGUGAAGGGGGUAUUUUGGAGAAUGGACACUUCUUGGUCAGUAUGCAGUUUGACUUAAUUGCUCUUGUCACAGUGAAUUAUGCAAUCCCAAAGAUGGUGAUCAGCCACAAGGCAAGGAUGGGAGAUCUGGUGCUACAGGAUCUCUAUGAUCUGAUGAUAGACUCAAGGUUGAGAGUUAAGCAAAAAGACAUGUCUGAUGUCUCUAGAAGGCGAAAUGUAACGGGAGACGCUAUACACAGAAUUUCAGUCUUGUUGAUGUGCAUAGUGUCAAGCAAAGUAGCUCGAGAUGUUGUGAAGGCGGGCAACAAGUUUUUUUAG